CCCGGAAGUGGGUCGGCGCCAGAGCGAGCGCGCCCGGAGUGGAGCUCAGCGGCCGGGAGCCAACGGGUAGCCCUGGGUUCCCGACCAUGCAACCCUCGGGCACGCCCCUCCAGAAGCUGUGAUCCAAGACAAUCUAGUUUUCCUUUAUAAAUCCCUCAAGACACUUAUGAAGUUUCUUGUUCUGAUACCGUUGUACUGCAAUGAAGAAAAGGAGAAAGGUUACUUCACAUCUUGACGAGAAGAUCCAUCUAGGCUACCGUAAAGAUUCUUCGGAAGGAAAUGUUGCAGUGGAGUGUGAGCAAGUAACCUACACUCAUUCCACGGAAAGACCAGCUCCCGAAGCUCUUCGCUGUUACCAGGAACUUCCUCCCUCUCCGGAUCAGAGAAAACUUCUGAGUUCUUUGCAGUACAAUAAGAACUUGCUGAAGUAUUUAAAUGAUGAUAGGCAGAAGCAGCCAUCUUUCUGUGACUUACUUAUCAUAGUAGAAGGAAAAGAAUUUAGCGCGCACAAAGUCGUCGUUGCUGUUGGCAGUAGUUAUUUUCAUGCGUGUUUGAGCAAAAAUCCAAGCACGGAUGUUGUCACCCUGGAUCACGUAACUCACUCCGUUUUUCAGCAUUUGCUUGAAUUUCUUUACACAUCAGAAUUUUUUGUGUACAAAUAUGAAAUCCCACUUGUUUUAGAGGCUGCAAAAUUCCUGGAUAUUAUAGAUGCAGUUAAGCUGCUAAAUAACGAAAAUGUUGCCACUUUUCAGUCUGAGCUAACUGAAAAAUCGUCACCAGAAGAAACACUAAGUGAGUUAACUGGAAGACUGUCGAGUAAUCAUCAGUGUAAAUUCUGUAGUAGACAUUUUUGUUAUAAGAAGUCUUUAGAGAAUCAUUUGGCGAAAACCCAUAGAUCCCUUUUAUUAGGGAAAAAGCAUGGGUUAAAAAUGCUGGAGAGAAGUUUUUCCACAAGGAGAUCAAAACGGAAUCGGAAGUGCCCUGUUAAGUUUGAUGACACUAGUGAUGAUGAACAAGAAAGUGGUGAUGGGUCAGACAAUUUGAAUCAAGACAGUUUUGAUAAGGAAAAGUCAGAUAGAAAUGAUUCUGAGGAUCCCGGCAGUGAAUGUAAUGCUGAAGAGGAUGAGCUAGAGGAGGAAAUGUCAGAUGAAUACUCUGACAUUGAAGAGCACAGUGAAAAGGAUCCCAAUGAUGCAGAAGAGGAGGCUGAGGCUGGUGAUUCUGUCGGAAGCAUUCAUGAGGGAUUAACCCCUGUAGUCAUUCAGAACAGUAACAAAAAAAUAUUGCAGUGUCCCAAAUGCGAUAAGACAUUUGACCGCAUAGGAAAAUAUGAGAGCCACACACGUGUUCACACAGGUGAGAAGCCCUUUGAGUGUGAUAUUUGUCACCAGCGCUAUUCGACAAAGUCUAACCUAACUGUUCACAGAAAGAAGCACAGUAAUGAAACAGAAUUUCAUAAGAAGGAGCACAAGUGCCCUUAUUGUAAUAAACUUCAUGCAAGCAAGAAGACUUUAGCCAAGCAUGUUAAGAGAUUUCAUCCUGAAAAUGCACAAGAAUUUACUUCCAUUAAGAAGACUAAGAGUGAAAGUUGGAAAUGUGAUAUUUGUAAGAAAUCUUUUACUCGAAGACCACACUUGGAGGAACAUAUGAUUCUCCAUUCUCAAGAUAAACCUUUUAAGUGUACCUAUUGUGAAGAACAUUUUAAAUCACGAUUUGCACGGUUAAAGCAUCAAGAGAAGUUCCAUCUGGGUCCUUUUCCAUGUGAUAUAUGCGGUCGCCAGUUUAACGACACUGGAAAUUUGAAACGCCAUAUAGAGUGUACCCAUGGUGGAAAGAGAAAAUGGACUUGCUUUAUCUGUGGGAAAUCAGUACGAGAAAGAACUACUUUGAAAGAACAUUUGAGAAUCCAUAGUGGAGAAAAGCCUCAUCUUUGUAGUAUUUGUGGGCAAAGUUUUCGUCAUGGAAGCUCAUACAGACUUCACUUACGAGUACAUCAUGACGAUAAAAGAUAUGAGUGCGAUGAAUGUGGGAAAACGUUCAUCCGUCACGAUCACCUUACAAAGCACAAGAAAAUACAUUCAGGUGAGAAGGCUCAUCAGUGUGAAGAAUGUGGAAAAUGCUUUGGUCGUAGGGAUCAUCUCACUGUCCAUUACAAAAGUGUACACCUUGGAGAGAAAGUGUGGCAAAAAUAUAAAGCAACCUUUCAUCAGUGUGAUGUUUGUAAGAAAAUUUUUAAAGGCAAAUCAAGUCUGGAAAUGCAUUUUCGGACACAUUCAGGUGAAAAACCAUACAAGUGUCAAAUUUGCAAUCAAUCUUUUAGAAUUAAGAAAACUUUAACAAAACACUUGGUCAUUCAUUCUGAUGCCCGGCCUUUCAACUGUCAGCACUGUAAUGCAACAUUUAAGCGGAAAGACAAGCUGAAAUACCACAUUGACCACGUUCAUGGCAUAAAGUCACCUGACGAUCCUCUCAGUGCUUCUGAGGAGAAGCUUGUAUCCUUGCCAGUAGAGUACUCGUCUGAUGAUAAAAUCUUUCAAACAGAAACAAAACAAUAUAUGGACCAGCCCAAAGUUUACCCGUCAGAAGCCAAGACUAUGUUACAGAGUGUGUCUGCUGAAGUGUGUGUCCCUGUAACGCUGGUUCCAGUCCAGAUGCCUGACACUCAGAGUGACCUGGUGCGUCACACCACUACUCUCCCUCCACCUUCUCACGAGAUCUUGUCGCCACAGCAGCCAUCCACUGAUUACCCACGAGCAGCUGACUUAGCUUUCCUGGAGAAAUACACUCUUACUCCUCAGCCUGCAAAUAUAGUUCAUCCAGUCCGACCUGAACAAAUGCUAGAUCCUAGAGAACCGUCUUAUCUUGGAACGUUAUUGGGCCUUGAUAAUGCCACUGCUGUACAAAAUAUUUCUAAUCGUGAGCAUCAUUCAUGAGUAAAUCUAAGCAUUCCACAGACUUUUUCUGUGGUUACGUGUUAAUGGUAGCCUAGAGCUGACAGCUUUUAACUUAGUGGGGCUGCUAUUUUUUCAUUUUCUCUAGUUUCUCAAGUCCUCAGAACCAUUUCAAAUCAAGAAAAAUAUGUAUCUCUGUUUACUGAACAUAUGAAUAUUUGGACAUAUUUUGAGGUAUAAUAUUUGAAAUGGACAUUUUUAUGAUUUUUUUAAAGGCUAAUGCUAAUUUUUAAUGGUUUCUUUAACUUUUCAAAACUAUUUGCUGUUAACAUUAUGAGGGUAUUUGUUUUUAGUCAUCAAUGGAAAUUUUUAUUCUUCUUUAGUCUCAUUCCUCAUUUCUCCCUUCCCCAUCUUCCAAACAAGUGUUAAGGAUGAUGUAGCUUUUAAGAAAGAAUACAAGAGUAUAUAGAACUGAUAAUUGCAACUGUUCCUUAUCCUAACUUAAGUGUCAUGAUUAUUUCUUCCAGAUUUUUAAAAACUGAAAUCAGGAAUUUGAAUUUAUAAGAAAGUCUUGGAUAGUUGGGUGUUCUUUUUUCAUCCGGCCAUAAUUUCAGUUUAUGACUAUCCUUUGGUCUUUUGACAAACUCAAAGCCAGAAAGCUAACUAAUGCAGGAUUAGCUCAUUGAAGGAAAUGUAGAAUUGAAAUAAUUA